GCAUUUUCUUGUCUUCUUGAUGUAGUAUAUCUUGCGUUACGAAGACGAAUGUGUAUCGGUCAGCCUGAGUGCUCACAUACGAAACACUAUACCGUGGGAGAAGUAAAGAGGAAACGAACUAGAAAGAUAGUUGCCAAGCAACAGGUUACUUCGGGAUAAACGAUGCGGUCCAAACGUGGGAAGCGAAGCGCAAGUUCAAAAUCGACCUCAACACCUGCAAAAAUACCAAAGACAACAGUCAGCGAAAAUAAAAACGAGACCACUGAAACGAAACUCGCUGUUAAAAGCACAGAUUCCAGGUUGAUGAAAGAAUAUUAUAAAAAGUCGUGCGUUGAUUUAGCUCGAGAUUUACUGGGUAAAAUCUUAGUGAGAAAAACAGAAGAUGGAGAGAGACUGGCUGGCAAGAUUGUUGAGACAGAGGCUUACCUAGGAGGUGAAGAUAAAGGUGCCCAUUCUUAUGGUGGUAAGAAAACAGAGAAGAAUGCUGCAAUGUUUAUGGAUCCUGGCACUUGUUAUGUUUAUUAUGUGUAUGGAUUGUAUUCAUGUGUAAAUAUAUCCAGUCAAGGAGAAGGUGCAGCAGUCUUGAUCCGGGCAUUAGAUCCGGUAAAUGGACUGGCAGCGAUGCAUAUCUCGAGAUCACAGAAAAGGAAAAAAGAAAGUAAACCGUUCAAAGACCACGAACUCUGCAACGGACCGUCUAAAUUAUGCCAGGCUAUGAGAAUCGAUAAGAAAAACUUUAAUUGUAAAGAUUUGACAACGAUUGAUGAGAUGUGGGUUGAAAAGGGUGUAGAUGUUGACGCAUCUGAAAUCAUUGAAUGUCCCAGAAUAGGUAUAGAUUAUGCCAAAGAAUGGGCCACCAAACCACUCAGAUUUUAUAUCAAAGGGAAUAAGAACGUAAGUGUGAAGAAUAAAGAAGUUGAGAAAGGCAAUUAG